GCCGGUGGGGGGGAAGGCGGCGGCAUCGCCCCCGCGGGGCUCCCCCCGCCGCACCCCGCUUUCCCUCAAAGUUCGGGGCGGGAGCGGGGGGGAGACCGGAGCCAACUUGUCCCGGAUCCCUUUAUUCGCCGCCGGAGCCGCCGUCUCUCCCAACCCCCGCGUGUAUUGCUGAUCGGAGGGACGGAGCUCGGUCCUGUGUCCGCCCCGCUCCUUCCUGCCCGCACCAUGGAGUUCGCCCAGAGGAAGAGGAGCAGGAAAUCCCAAAGCUUUAAAUUGGUCAACGAAGUACUGGAUGGGAAUAUCUCCAUGAAACGCUGUGUGUGUCCUGCAUGCCAAGUUCAAGAUUACCAUCAUGAGAUAUAUAAGAUCUCUGACUACAACAAUGAUGUUAAUGGGGAGACCAAAGAAACACAACCAGUUUUUUUAGGAGAUGAAAGCCGGGAAAUUAAAAAACAAAUUACAGGGAUGAGAAGAUUACUGAAUGACAGCACUGGAAGAAUCUAUCAACGAGUUGGCAAAGAAGGAGAAAAACUGAAGGAGGAGCCCCAAGAUUUAGACUUAGCCUGGGCCCAGCGCCUGAAUCCCCCUGAGGAGUCCCAGGCGAGCCUUCAUCCGUCACAGAGCGGUGCAUGGAAUGAGUUGUCACCCCAAGCCAGCCAUUUUUCAGGGCAAUACGGAACUCGAUCCAAAACGUUCCAAAAUCAGGCUCGAACUGUGGCAUCCAAUGGAGAAAUCCCAGUGGUGAAUUCAUCAGUUGGACCAAACUGCUGUACCUGUAAUUGCCAGUCAACCCUGCAGGCAAUUCUUCAAGAGCUCAAGACCAUGCGAAAAUUGAUGCAGCUUCAAGCAGUUGGGACUCAAAACAGACAGCAGUCUCCUGUUCCUCUGAUUUGUGCACAGAAGUCAACAAUAUCACGAAAGAGAAAUAAAAAGAGAAAACUGCCCCUCAAAGCUGUUGAAGCAGUUACCAUGAAUAAAAAACCCAGCUCUCCAGAGAAUGAGAAGAGGCAGACAGCAACCUCGGAACGAUCAAGUCUGCCAGCAACUGAACCCCCCCUGAAUCCAGAGACCCCAGUUUCAGGGUUUGGAAUUAUCCUUGAAUCAACUUCAUCAGAUCCAGAAGUGCAACUUGCAGAAGGCUUUGACGUCUUCAUGCCGAAAUCACAGCUGGACUCUAUACUAUCAAACUAUACUCGCUCAGGAAGUCUGCUCUUUAGAAAGCUGGUCUGUGCAUUUUUUGAUGACAAGACUUUGGCUAACUCUUUACCAAAUGGCAAAAGGAAAAGAGGGCUCAAUGACAACCGGAAAGGACUAGACCAAAAUAUUGUGGGUGCAAUAAAAGUCUUUACAGAAAAAUACUGCACUGCUAACCAUGUGGAUAAACUUCCUGGUCCUAGGGAUUGGGUCCAGAUUCUUCAGGAUCAAAUUAAACUUGCAAGAAGACGAUUAAAAAGAGGCUCAGCAGAGGCAACUGACUAUGAUGAGAAGCCGGACAUUUCUCUACUACAAACAGGUAACCUUUUUGACACCACAACAGACCAUCUGAUAGAUGCAAACGCAGAUUUUUCAGUUUGAAUUUCACAUCCUGCAUCAGUGUUCUUAGCAGACAGAAACAUCCUCUCCUUUGAGCAAUGUUCCUGCAAGCUCAGCACAAGAACUUCAGUGUACCACAAGGCAUGGGCAUCCAUACAGUUUUUCUUACAAGUCUUUUUUUUUUUCCACGCAUUUUCCAUGUAACCUCAAGUAAUGAAACCACCAGAUUGCUUCACUGUUCAUCUUAAUUAAAGAUGAUUUCCCUCCGCAUCCAAUGCAUUACUGAUUUAGCAGGGUAUCCACUCUGAGGUCAUUCUCUUGCCUAUGUUCUCCUCCAUUACUGUAUUUUUCCACAUGUUUGUAUGCUUGCCAGCAGUGUUUCAUCUUAAACCAUGCAGAAGUUGUGACUCUUCCUGUCCCCAGGGUGGCCUCUCUCUCCACCAUGAACCCUGGGGGCUUAAUGAGCAUCUGACUUGGUGAAGCUCUUGGCUUCUGCAGACCCACUUUUCCCUUCCUGGCUGCUGUGGUACCAAUGACCAGUCGCACACAGCUCUGAUUAAAAGUCCUUACUGGGUUUAGGAGGAAAUAAAGCAGGAUUUCUCCCAGCAGUGCCCAUGUUCCUAGUUACAACAAGGAGAAGCUAUUCCUCAAACAAUUUCCCCUGCAUGGUCCUACUGGGAUGGCUCUUGAGCAUCUUUUUAGUGCAGAUUGCUGGAGGUGGUAGUUUUCCCCUCAGUGUUGCUCCCAGCUUGCUCUACCACCUCAAUCUCAAAAUGUAUUAAUUUUCUGUUUUCCAAGAAGAGGGUCUGUUCACUAUGAUUUUUCAGCCACUGUCCUUGGCAACAAUACUCAUCUAUUUUAAAAAACAAAUCACCUUUCAACUGGCACUGUAUUGAUAUCUCAGCAGUUAAGACAAGUGAAUCGAUCAAGAAAUUGCACUACCCUCUUAGACACUGAAAGGGUCAGUCCUUUUGGGUCAGGACUAAGGUAAAACCAUGUGCAGCCCUCCCUGCGAGCCUUCAUUUCCGCACCUUUCAUCAGCACUAAAUUCACUUUAAAAAUGUUGUGAAGAAAUCUGGAAGGUCUUACAAUACCCAUUGAUCACCAGGCAGUUUGACCAUGUUUCCUGCAAUUCAAGGGAGAGCUUGCUAGAGCCUUUGCCAUUGUGUUUCCUUUCCCUGUGUGUAUCUUAUCUUAGGUACGUUUUGGUUUUUUUUAACUAUUUGGCCUUUGAGUGUCUGAGCAGAAGUGCUAUUACAGAAUGGGAUAUUUCAAAAUAUUCAGCCUCUUUUUUUAACAAUCCUAAAACCUGUUUCUCAGGUGUCAUGGAAUACCCACAAAUAACACUGAAGCAAACAUGAACAGUUUGUUCUCUUGGCACCUGAGAAACCAGGCUCCCAGCUGUUCCCUGCCCACCUUCCAUGGACUUUUAGGAAUGACCAUGUUCUCUCUGAAACUGUGGAAUAGAUUGAAUGUGCACUGCAGACCUUAAUUUUGACUCUUUCCUUCCUUCAUGGCUUGGAGUUGCCUGCAUUGGGCAGGGGACACCAGUCCAUUGUGUUGUAACCCUUCAGCAAUGAAAUCAGCGUUUUGUAAAUUUGGAAGAUUGCAUUUGUGUUUACUUACUGUGACUACUGUUCAGACUUUCUUCAGAAAUCUUUUUAUAGGGUUUAUUAGAGAGAAGAAAAAAAAAUCAUUCCAUAUUUAGGUAAAAACGUCUCAAUCUUCUGUAUAUAUGUUUUAUUAAUAUGUAAAUAUUUAGAUAUUUUUAAAUUACUAUGUUCUUAAUAAAGCGACAAGGGACUAGUUGUGAAAUGGUGUAUAACAUUGUGUCGUGUUACCAAUCUCUGGGAAAUCCUCUUUGUCAGUUCAGAAAAUAAAACCUACAAUAAAUAACUUUAAUUGCA